CACACCAAAAGCAGAUUUAUUUCUUUCUCAACAAAAUUAUUAAGAAUUACAGUUCGCGCGUAAAAAACAUUUUUUAUGUUUCGUCAAGUCUGCAAAUAAGACUACCAUUAAAGAAAACAAUUUGAUCAACAUGGAUAGUGACGCAGCUGAAGAGGCUCAAAAUGCCGGCGAUUCGCUCAGCAACGUUGCCCCCAUUGAAAUAAGCUCGGAUUCCGACGAAUCCGAUAGCGAUUCUAUGAGCUCGAGCGGCUCCGACUCCGAAUCGCUGGUGAAGGAAAAACAGGAGCAGGAGUUGAAGUCAGAGUUUGACAAUUUUUCAAAAUAUAGUAAGCUGACGCACCGCCAAGUGAUGCGGAUGAGCGAAAUUGCCUUCAUUCUGAAUGACUACGAUAUGAUUGUGCAGGCUGCUGUGCAGUACAAAAAGAUUGCCACUAUGCCACCAGAGCUAUGGCGCAAAGAAUUGCGCGUUCGCCUCCUGGUUACCCAGUCUCGCGAGGAGCACAUUGCAUUCGAAGAGGCCUGUAUCGAAGCCUUGAAUUCCUACUACGAUGUUGAUUUGGCCAAUAUGAUCUGCAACUAUUUGUGUGCCCAGAAGAACAUUGAAAACAUCUCACUGUGGUCGUCGCUGAUGUCCAAGUACUCCUUGGAGAAUCCUGACUUCAUAGAGAAAUUGCGAGAGCUCUUGGUCUCUGCACCGGAUGCUGACAAAAAUGCCGAAGCUCUCAAAGCGGCGAUGGAGACUCGCUGCAUUAACUGGGACUUGGAUGAUGCCAAGUGCGCAGAGUUGGCUGAGCUAUUGGAUCAGUACAAGAAGAAGUUGAGCCCCCUCGUAAAUUAUGAUCGUGAGAGCUUGGAGAGCUUCUCCCCGGUGCACAUUAUGCAACUGGAGGAAAUCAACAAUAUGGACUACCCGGACGAGAUUCGCGAUGCCUUGGGCUGCACAAUAUUUGAAAUAACCGUCUCGAAUUUCCGGAGAGUCGAAAGGGUCUGGCUCGACUACAUCAACUACACCAGCAAGAGUGUAGAGCGCCCGACAGGCGGCUAUCAGAUAAGCAGCCCCCUGGAACUGGCCAAGCGUGCUGCGAUGAGCACAACCAGUCGGCUGGUCAACCACAAGCUCAUUUAUUUGAUGGAGACCGAAGGCUACACCGUGCAGGAGGUGGAUAACGUGCUGGAGGGCAUCCUCCCCCGUCUGGAAAUCAACGCAAUAGAAACGGUGGAGCUGCAUUUGGACUACUUGGCGUACAGGGUACGCAACUGCGACCUAUCGGACAUGGAUCAGUGCACCGAGGUGCGCCAAAAAUUCGAUGCGGCGUGGAACACACUCUCCGAUUUGUAUGGCGAGAAGGCCGACAACAGCUACGAGGUGCUCCAGCUCUAUGCCCAAGUGGAGUAUUCCAAAUUUUUGAACCCAGAACAGGGAUACAAAGUCUGGGAGUACAUCAUGUCUUACGAGGAUAGCCAGCGAAGCGGCUACCUUUGGAUGACUUGGGCCCAAAUGGAGUCCGAAUUCAAUGGCGGCGCUCGUUGUCGCGAGAUUUUAAACCAGGCCCUUAGUCGGCCUGUCCUGAAGGAUGGUCAGUUUGUUCUCGAACAAUAUCGUCGCUAUGAGCGUUGCCACGGCGACUACAAGUCCAUCACGACAUGCCAGGAGAUAAAGCUGCCCGCAGAGCCCCACUGGCAUCAAUUCAGCCGUGAGCAGCAAAGAGGGAGAAAACCCAUGAGAACAUCGCAGCCACCGCUGCGAGCUCAAGCAGCCACAGCAGCACCGCGUUCCAAGGCAGCAGCAGCAGGAGCACCACGUGCCAAGGCAGCACCAGCUGCACCACGUGCCAAAGAAGCAGCAGCCGCAGCAGCACCACCCCCAGGAGGUCUCAAGUAUUCAACUGAACUCGAAAAAACCAAAGUGUUUGUCAAGAAUAUUAUGCCAACUGUUACAACUGAGACGCUCACCGAACUCUUUGGCACCUGUGGCACGUUGAAGGAUGUGCGGCUUGUGGAAAAAAAGCUACCUCCCAUUAGUCGGAUGUACAAAACACGCAAAAACAUUGCGUACAUCGAAUACGAGCAGGCCGAAUCGGCCCAGAAGGCUGUUGAGCAAUUGAAUGGCCAUAAUCUAAACGGAUCUGUGCUGUCUGUUGCCAUUUCUGAUCCACCACCAAAGACGUCGAUUGUCUCGGCAGCCAAACGUCGUACGGCUGCCACAUCGCUAAUACCGAGCGUUGUGCGCCGUGAGAUGGUGGCCAGCAAGCGUCGCAAGGUGCUGGCACUUGAUAAUGAGACAGAUGCGGCCACCAAGACAGACGAUGGCCAGAGUGCAGGCACACAGCCAGACUCCUCAAUAACACCAGAGACACCGUCGGAGAAGCCCAAGUCAAACGAAGAUUUUCGUAAAUUACUUGGCUAAAGAAAAUGCAUCUAGAAUUUAUUUAGACAUGUAUAUUAGAGAUAGUUUUUAAUUUUAAUUUGUUCUCCUCAACAGACGAUUUAAUUUUUUUUCUUCUUUUUUUAAAUAAUUGUUAAAGAAGGGAAGGGAACCCCCAACCCAGCAGAGCCACGCGACCCAAGAAUACGCCAUGCGUACGUACCGAA